CGCCGCGCUGCCGUAAAGCAUCUGGAGGCGGUGCACUGAGAUGGCGACGAUUGGGCUCAGGGCCGGCGGAGGGGGAGCAGUUGGGGAACACGGGGCUCGCGUCUGAGCGUUGGCCGGGAACGGCAGCGAAAGGGACUGUCACCUUUGUCCCCGUGGCGCUGCGGUGCUGGGACGGCUGUCCCCGGUUCCCGACCCUGCCAGGCCUUCACCCUUCCUCUGCUUGCAGGAUAGCGUGGUCCCCGCGGCGGGGCCGCUCCAGCUCCUGCUUUCUCCCUCUCUUGCCUUCAGGGGAAGCACGCAGCGAGAAAGGAGAUGUCGGAUAAAGGGAGCAGCAUGGACGGAAAGACGGACAUCGCGAAUGGUGAAGGCAGCCUGUCCAGCAGCCCGGAGGAGAUGUCAGCCGAGGAGGGCCGAGAAAUUUCUUCCGGCAUCGAGGUGGAGGCGUCCGACGUCAGCCUGAGCCUCACUGGAGACGACGUGGGGCCCAACCGCACCAGCACAGAGAGCCGCGACACCGACACCGAGAGCUCUGCGGAGGAGAAGGACUCUGACAGCAUGGACGACACGGGCCACUACUCCAUCAACGAGGAGUCGCGCACCCUCGACUGCUCGCACUCGGAGGAGGAGGAGGAGGAGGAGGAAGAGGAGGAGCAGCGAUCCCACCGCCGAGCUCAGCGCAAACGUGCCAACCACGACCGAGACUCCUCGGACGACGAGCAGGCGCUGGAGGACUGGGUGUCCUCGGAGACCACGGCGCUGCCGCGGCCCCGCUGGCAGGCCAUCCGCGCCCUGCGGGACAGGGAGCUGGGCUCCAGCCCCCGCUUCGUCUACGAGGCCUGCGGGGCCCGGCUCUUCGUGCAGCGCUUCCGCCUGCAGCACGGCCUGGAGGGCCACACGGGCUGCGUCAACACGCUGCACUUCAACCAGAGGGGCACGUGGCUGGCCAGCGGCAGCGACGACCUCAAAGUGGUGGUGUGGGACUGGGUGCGGAGGCGGCCGGUGCUGGAGUUCGAGAGCGGCCACAAGAGCAACGUCUUCCAGGCCAAGUUCCUCCCCAACAGCGGUGACUCCACGCUGGCCAUGUGUGCUCGGGACGGGCAGGUGCGGGUGGCUGAGCUUUCGGCCACGCAGUGCUGCAGGAGCACCAAGCGUGUGGCACAGCACAAGGGAGCUUCUCACAAGCUGGCCCUAGAACCGGAUUCUCCAUGCACUUUCCUAUCAGCAGGUGAAGAUGCUGUCGUCUUCACCAUCGAUCUGCGACAAGACCGGCCUGCCUCGUGAGUAUCCCCCUCCUGCUGCAGGUGGGGAUCUGUGGGCUGUGGGUCUCUGCCCCAUAGCCGUCGUAUCAGUGUUUGGGUGCCCGCUUUCCUGCUGGACGUGCAGUAUUUGGGGGCUGUGACGGCACUGAGGGGCACUGGGAGGUGAUCAGAGAGAUUCUGCUGCUUAGCAGGAGCAGCGUUGGGACCCCAGGCGGGUUUGGGAUCGCUGUGGCUGCAGUCCUCAUUAAUGAGUCUGCAAUUAAACCUUGUCCUCCACCAGUGUGGAGCGCAGGUAGGGAGCAGCAGCGCUGCUGUGUGUCCCCACGCAGCCCCUGCGCUGGCAGCUCGCUGUGUCCCCACCUCAACUCAUCACAUGGGCGCUAUCCCAAUUAAUCAAACACCAGUAACGAAGGAGCAGAGAGUUUGGCCCU